AGCACUGGCGCAUUUCGCGAAUUUUCCCUCAUACAUACAUAACUUAUUUUUAACAUUUUUCGACGUGAUGUGCAUUUUCUCUCAUAGUUUUGUGCUUAACCAUGUAAAAUAUAAUUAGUCCGUAGUGUACAAACAAUAGGAAUUAGUGCAAAGUAAACAUAAUGCCCGCAAAGUAUCUAAAACAUUAAUGUAAAAACGAUAUUCGAUUUCUUAUUAUUAACCACCCAAAAAACUGUUAACUUGUAAUCACCGUAGAAAUUAGACGAGCGAUCAAGACAAGGACCUGAAUAUUUCACACAUGCAUGACUGACCAGCCGGAGGAGCCACUGAACACCAGCCAGUAAACGAUGGCCGCUGAGAAGGAGAUGCAGGCCCACGACAUGGUCCGUCGGCGGAGUUGGGCCCGUGCGGUGGCGCUCUACGACCAGCUGAUUGCGCCCAAUCCCGGCCAGGGAACCGGUGGCCAGGUUGCGGGAUCCAGGGCCCAAAAGGACCAACAGAUCGCCUGCCUCCUGGGCCGAUGCGAGUGCCUCCUGGAGCUGGGAAAGUUCGAGGGUUGCCUGGCAGACGCGUACAAGGUGCUCACGCUGCUGUCCGAGCAAACAGAGUGCCUGGCCAGUGUCUCCAGGGCACGCCGAUGGCUCGUCCACGCCCUUUUCAAGAUGCACAAGUACGGGGACGCCGAGAUCUUCCUGAGCAAGUGGAUCAACGAGCUAAGCGGUCAGCAGAUCUACUCGGACAUAUCGAAAACCCUCGAGCGCUACAAGUCCAUCAUUCAGAUGAUCAUGAAUGGCCAGCACAAGGCGCAGGCCCUGAAGAUCCCACACGCCCGUCUGGAGGACGAGAUGGCCAUACUGGACACCAAACUGGAUCACUGGGCCACCAACAACCUGCCGCUGGACAAGUACAGCAAGCUGCUCAGCAACAAGGGCUUGAAGAAGCGAGAGCAGCAGCAGCAACAGCAGCAACAACAACAGCAGCAGCAGCAACAGCAGCAGAAUGGCAAUGGAAUUGGCAGUUAUGCGAGCAGCAGCAGUAGCUCCUCCACCGGCAGCAGCAGCACGAUGUCCAGCUCCAGCGCAAGCCUUCACAAGACCAACGAUCUGCUGGCGGCCAUGAAGCUCACGGCAGGAAAACACCAGCCGGGCUCCGGGGACGGAUCUGGCUCGGAUCAGGGCGAUCAGGCGGCUCCAUCGACCACCUGCAGCUACUGCACCAUCACCUUUCAGACGAGGAACGAGCUGCGACAGCACUGCCAGACCGAGGCCCAUCAGAAGGUGAUCAUGAGCGAUGAGGGCCGUGACUGGAAGUGGCGUCCGCCGCCCCGUGGUUACACACUGGACACCUAUUCCCUGUGCGAGACGUUUAGCGAGGCACACAUCUGCCACUAUGGAGCGCAGUGCGUGGAGGCGCAUGGACAGGAUGAGUUGAACGAGUGGAAGGAGCGCUUCGAGUACCGGCGGAUGCGGAUGCAAAAGGCAUGUGAGAAGGAGCUCUACGGCAAGUCGUACACGGAGCAAGUGCUGGACCGCUGGAUCCAGGCGACAGCACCGGAGCGGGUGAUGUGCGAGCGAGUGCCGGACAUGGAGGCACGGUGUGAGCAGCAGCUGGUUACUAGCAUUAGCUCGAAGACCUCUAAGCGGGAGUGGCUCUUUCAACUGGAGACGAAAAAGCCGCUUAAAGCGGUAGCGCUCCUGCAGGAUGCCCAUCGAAAUCACUUUGCAAUGAAGUCCAUUAAAAUGUGCAAGCCAACUGAAGCCAGCAUGGAACUUAAAUCUGACCAGGAGUGGCUGGCAGGCAGUUCGUCAUCUCAAACGGAGACAUCCAACGACGACGCUGCUGCUUUGAUUCACGAAAUCACAGUUGAGUUUCACACGGAGAUCUACGGAACCUUUCGGCAAGCCAUCUGCUUCGAUGUGGGUCAGGAGCCCUUGCUUGUGAGGCAUCUGUGCGUGGAUGUGUUGCCUGUGAAUGAUGCGGAGAAAAUCGAGGAGAUCAAGCGGGACAUCAUUAACAGCUCUGCCACCCGAUGGGAUGUUGCCAAUACGCAGCUCACACGCUUCGAAACGACGAUUGGCACUCAUUUGAAAACGGAGGCGUAUCUCAGUGAUUUGGAACACGAAAAGGAGCUACUGGAGAGGUAUCCCUGUCCCAGGGCAGCCACUUUCACGCUGACCCAGUCGACCAUUGUGGAGAAGCGGUUGACGCAGAAUAACUACCGGUCCCGCAUCCACGAGUUAUUGUCAGUGGAGGAGAUUGCCCGCUAUGAGCAGAUAGCUAGGUAUAAUGUAAGAACUCGCCUCACAGUGGCCUCCAAUUAUAUCCUGACCCCAGCGGGAAUGGCCACCAGCACGGCCAAGUAUUCCCUGGCUGGUGAACUGUUUGCUCUCAUGCGCUUGGGCAAGGACAUCUCGGAGGAUACGUCGCCUGGCAGAUUGAUUCUCUCCAACUGCAGCAGUGUGUAUAUCUCAAAACCCGAGGAUCCCGAUUCCAAGGCAGAUCCAAGUAAACGUGCAGUUUACGAGGCGUUGAUCGAGGACAAAGGCAAGAAUGUGAUUUACUUGAAACUAUCCGCAAAAUGUGUGGAGGCAAUGGCUCUGCAGGCGGAUACCGAACUGGAGGUGGAUAUACAAUUCCAGCUGAAUCGAAUGCCAUACUGCGAGUGGCACAAUGCGGUGGACAAGAUCACUGAUUUCCGGCUGAUCUUUCCGGCUACGGAACUGGAGCCGAGUAUACCGUGGACACCGAAGAAGCAGUGGGCCGAUUCCUGUGAACCCAAGUUAAAUGCCAAACAACGGGAGGCUGUGAAUGCCAUCACCACAGCGUUGAGCAUUAAGUUGCCGCCAAUCCUGUUGAUAGGACCCUUUGGCACCGGAAAAACCUACACACUGGCCCAAGCUAUCAAACAACUGCUGACCCAACCAGAGGCCAAGAUCCUGAUCUGCACACACUCGAAUUCAGCCGCUGACCUGUACAUCAAGGAGUACCUGCAUCCGUGGAUCGAGGAGGGUCUGAAGGAGGCCACGCCGCUGAGAGUUUACUACCACAAGAGAUGGUCAGCCACUGUAAACGGUGUGGUGCAAAAGUACUGCAUCACCGAUGGAGUGGGCAACUUCCUCAGGCCCACUGUGGAGGAUAUAAUGCGUCAUAGGAUUGUAGUUGUUACCCUGAGCAUCAGCAUGGAGUUGGCCACUCUGGGUCUGCCCAAAGGACUGUUUACCCACAUCUUUCUGGACGAAGCAGCGCAGGCAAUGGAAUGCGAGGCCAUUAUGCCGCUGGCUUUAGCUAAUGAUUCUACGAGGAUCGUUUUGGCUGGAGAUCACAUGCAAAUGAGUCCGGAACUGUUCUCAGCCUUUGCCAAGGAACGCAAGCUGCACAUUUCGCUGUUGGAGCGGCUGUACGAUCACUAUCCCUCCAACUUUCCCUGCAAGAUCCUCCUGUGCGAGAACUACCGUGCCCACGAAGCCAUCAUCCGUUUCACUUCGGAGCUUUUCUACGAACAGAAGCUGGUUGCUUCCGGAAAACAGCCACGGCACGAUCGCUUUUAUCCAUUGACCUUCUUUACUACCAGGGGAGAGGAUGUUCAGGAUAAAAACUCAACUGCUUUCUAUAACAAUGCUGAAGUUUAUGAGGUGGUGGAAAGGGUGUCCGAGCUGCGAAAACGUUGGCCCAGUGCUUGGGGUAAACUGAACGACACCAGCAUUGGCAUCAUGACUCCCUACUCCGAUCAGGUGUUUCGCAUUCGUUCGGAGCUGAGGAAACGCCGCAUGGGUGGAAUAUCCGUUGAACGAGUGCUCAAUGUCCAGGGUAAACAGUUUCGAGCGGUGUUCCUCUCCACUGUUCGAACUCGACGCACCUGCAUGCCCCAAGGAAGUGCCCCGGGAGCCGCCUCCACGACCAGCAUUGGCGAUGCCGACGCGGACUAUGGAUUCUUGAGUAAUUCGAAACUGCUGAACACGGCCAUUACUCGGGCCCAGUCUCUGGUAGCAGUGGUUGGUGAUCCGGUGGCUCUUUGCUCCAUUGGUCGCUGCCGCAAGGUGUGGGAGCACUUCAUCGAAAUCUGCGACGAACAUAAAAGUCUUUUCGGCUUAACCUGGUCGAACCUGCGCUCCCAGCUGGAUGGCGUGGAGCUGAAGCGUGGCUAUGUGCUAAAUCCGCUGGCUCCCGAGUUUGUUCCACGUGCCCUGCAACCGGAGGCGUAUCUGCGGGAGCAGGCCGCUCUCUAUCUAAAUGGACCGCAACACGGACAUGGCGGCCACGGACCGCCGGGUCCUCCGGCACAUUUUGCCAACGCAGCUGGAAUGCUGGGUCCCGGACCAGCGGCCACUGCUCACCAGAUGAAUCAAAUGGCUGCUGCCAUGGCGGCCAAUCAACAACAGCUCAACCACAUGUACUCCACCCACAUGGCGGCAAUGAUGGCCGCUGCAGCUGCCGUCGGCGGAAAGUCUGGAAAUGGCCCUGGACCAGGAACCGGCGGAGGUCCCGGUCCUGGCCCAGGCCCACCUCCACACUACGGCGGCGGAGGCGGUGGGGGACAUAUGGGCAUGAGGGGACCACCGCCACCGGCGCCGCAUCUGCGUGGAAUGCCACCCGGUGGACCGCCGCCACCCGCACAGCAGCCAGCCGGAGCUGGAGGCGGCGGAGGACCACCACCACCAUAUGGCCAAUAUCCAGCCAUGCAGCACUGGCGGCCACCGCAGCAGGGACAGAAUCAAGGACCGGGACAACAGCAGCCACCACAAAAUCCGAAUGCCAGUCUGUGGGGUCCGCCGCCGCAAACGAAUCCGUGGAGUGUGCUGCCGCCCAGUAAGCAGCCACAGCAGCCUCAGCCACCACCAGUUAGUGCGCCCGGACGUGGACCGGGACCUUUGCCACCGCCACUCAAUGCAAACCCGUCUCUGCCCCUAAGAGGUGGUAGUGUGCCGCCACCUCCGCCGAACGCGUCAGCUGCUGCUCAGCUGCUGAGGAAUCCCAGCGAACUGGGCUACUUGGCCAAGAAGACGCUGUACAACCAUGGCCAGGCACCGCCGCACCAUCAGCUUUAUGGACCCGGCCCAGGACCACCGCCGCCGCCAUCGCAGCAACAACAGCAGCCACCGCCGAUGGGAAUGCAGAGGGGCAGCAGUGUGCCGAACGGACCCAUGUCGCCCAUGGAGAACGGACCGCCGCCACCGCCCUAUCUGAGGCACAAUGGAAGUGGCUACAAUCCCGGAGCACCACCACUGCCGCCGCAGCAGCAGCCGCAGCCACCACCCAAUCCCUUUAUGUACGCUGGCAAGCAGCCGUCGCCGAGCUCCAUGAGAUUUGGCCCACUGACGCACGAGCUACUGCCACCCAAUGUAAGCAUCUAUGAAAUGGCUUUCAAUCCGAAAGAGGAGCAAUACAAGUGGUACCUUAAACUUCUUGAAACCGUGGGCCAGGAUGGCGCCAACAAGUUUGCCGACAUGCUGCGCCAGGUGAUGGCCACAGUGCAGCAACAGCAGCAGCAGCAACAUAAGCCGCCGCAGCAACCGAUGGUUAACAACCCGAUGCUCAACAAUCCGCAUGUGCAGCGACCACAGUAUCCCAUGAUGUAUCCACAAGGUCAACAGCAGCAGCAGCAACAGCAGCCGCCACAGCAAUCUGUGGAUGCUUCACCGCCGCUGGAGAACUUCAACCAGCAGAUCGAUCUUGUCUUCAAUUCGAUUAUGAAUGGAGCCAAUGAUGUAGCGCAGCCCAUACUGCGCGAUGUCCUGGGCAUGGUAGCUGGCACGGGCAAUGCUCCUGGUCCACCGCUUAGCAACGGUAUGAACGGAGCCGAUCUCCAGCAGCAGCAGCAGCAACAACAACAGCAGCAGCAGCAAAGCCGCCUAUUUGCCAUGAUGCAGCAGCAACAACAGCAGCAGCAACAGGCCAAGCCACCGCCAGGACCUGGACCACUCUAUCCCAAUCAUCUGGGCGGACCUGGUCUCCACCAGGCGCCGCCCAAUGGCGGGGGUAAUCUGGGCGGCGUCGGAAACACCAACUUUAUGGGCAAUGCCGGAAAUGCUCUGCUCAAUGACAAGCCCUACAACAACGUGGGCAUGCACAACAACGUGGGCUUGAACAACGCGGGAGUUGGCGGUGUCGGGAUCGGAAUCGGCGGCGCAGGAGUGGCCGGACACAACAGUAAUAACAACAAUGGAAUGCUGACCAAUGGCAACAACUCGGUGCCUUUGUACCGCCGACAGGCGCUCACUGGAAAUGGGAUUGGAGGCGGAAAUGGCGGCUACAACAACAUGCAUGGAAUGGACGCAGGUGCCAACUUGAUAGAGGCACUCUUCCAGGCCAACAACUCGGUGGUGGAUCACUCGGUGAAGUCGUCGGAUCAUAUGCACGGUCUGCUGUACAACAAUUUCAAUACGCUGAAGGGCGGCCACGAACUGGAUCUGUUCCAGGCCAUGGCGCCCAGUGUUCCGCACUCGGAGGCGGCUAAUCAUCACCAGCAGUCCUCCGGCUCGUCGGCAACCACCUACGCGGCUGUGCUGAGCCAGGGACCACAGGCUGUGGUUGGCGGAGGCGUUGGAACGGGACCAUCACCGGGACAGUCGCAGGCGCAGGCGGGCGUGGCUGGUUCGGGAACGGGCGGCAAGGGCGCGCAGGCGGUUGGUGGCAACGAUCUUCUGGAGAAGGAUCCGUUCGCGGCUAUCCGGGAGUUGGGACAGGCCACGACCGGAUUCUACAAUUACUUUCAGUGAGAAGCGGUGACGGCGGCAGCACAUCUCCUGCUGUGGCAUCAAAGGGUCAUAAUCUAAAAGCAACAACAAAAAAGGAAAAGCAAAACAACAAAAAAAAAGAAGAAAAAUUAACAACAAAAAAAAUUGCAAAAUUCUUAGCUGAACAAAAAAAAACGUAAAAAAUGCCCCAGACAAUGGGAAAAACGGAAGAGAAAACGAAAAAGAACUGCUUCUUAAUUAUAGUUGUCCCUAUCCUUAUUUUUUUGCUUUCUUUUAAAUUGCAAAUUAUUUAAUUACGGUAGUCUUAAGUUAAACGUGUGAAUUAUUAUAUUUAAUUAAUAAUAUACAUACAUACCUAUUUAGUUAAUGUUUAGUGGUUACUAAAGCUCGCCCAAAUGCCGCAGCGGGGAUUUGUUGACGUUGACUCUUCACCCUCCAUUCUCCAUCCUUUACCUUUCACCCUUGCCCUCCAGCCCCGCCCCCCUGUUAACCAUCUGCCACGCCCCCAAGGCCGCCAGAGGCGUCGCCCACGUGGCUCCCAGCAUCCAACGGGUUGCUCUGAGCAGCCCAGAAAUGAAAACCCAAACGCCUACACAAGAAAACCUUAUCGAUUAGACUCUUGAAACAUACAAACAAAUAAAAAAACAUGAAAAAACGAAAAAAAAAAUAAAUAAAAACAAACAAACAUAAAAAUCGCAAAAAAAUGAAAUAAAUAUGUAAUAACUAUAAACUGCAAAAUGCAUAGUUAGCUUUAGACGUAAGCAUAUUCAAGAACAUUUGUAUUGUAAAUUUUUUCUAUUUUUAGUGCGUAGCCUAUGUGCUACAUGAGCCUUCAGUUCGUUUUCUACCUUUAAUUUCUCAGUUAAAAGUUUCAAUUUUGUACAGAAGUUGACUAUUGAAAACAAAAACAAAACAAAACAACAAAAAAAAAACACAAAAAAUAUUAACAAAAACAUUAAAACUGAAAAUUUGUCACGCACUCAAAUACAUAAAUUAUUAUCCUUAUUAACUGUAACUUCAGAUUAUAUACCUAUUAUAUAUAUUUAAUGGCUAUAAGGGAUAUGAACAUUUUUGUGUACGAAUUAUACAUACUUACCUACAUACAAACAUAUAUAUAAUAUGCAUAUAAAUAUUUAAAUUUGUGCACGAGUUAUUUGUUCCUUUGCCCAUCCAAAAUUGUCGAUGCAUGUGUAAAUUAUAUUACGAUUGUUGACUUCCCCCAAAAUUGCAGCCAUCGCCCCCCUCUCCAAAUUUCCCAAUUAUAAACAAAUCCCCCCACACCCCCCACUCAUCGUUUAGUCCGAUUUGACGACUGGUAAAUGUAAAACAUACGAAAGAGAAAAAAUGCAAGCAAGAAAUAUAAGAAUUUUUCGAUAAGAGUA